AUGAAGAUAAUUAUAUAUUUUUGCAUUUGGGCAGCAGCAUGGGCCAUUCCAGUUCCUCAAAUCAAACCAUUGGAGAGACAUGCUGUUGAAAAGUCUGUGAAUUUACAUCUUAUAGCAAAAUCAAAAGUGCCACUACAGGAAGAGUUAAAUGCCAGUGACACCGCCAAAGAAAGUGGUGCCCCCAGGCAUGGAAGUGAAAGAGGAAGGCAACAGCAUGCCGGAGACAGUGACAAAGGAGCAGGGAAUGGCUCUGAGUGGGCAGAAGGAGGGAAGCGUUCUCCACAUUCCACAUUAGCAAACAAAGAGGGGGAUAUUGAGGAUUGGAAUGGGGGUACAGGAAAACCAGAAACAUAUGGUCAUGAUGGGAUAUGUGGAAAAGAAAGUAAUGCUACAGAAAAUGGCAUCAGGCAACACGUAAGCAUCAUCAGCGAUGCUGAAGCAUCAGAUGGGGGCAAUAUUGAUGGAAAUACUGAUGAGAAUACAGAAAAUGGGGAUGUCGGAGAUGCAAGUCAGAAUGCGGGUGCCACUGUUGUCCUGGAAGAUGGACCUCCAGUAGAUGGGAGCACUAAUGGCACAGACCACAGGGAUGAGAUAAGUGGGAAUUCCUGGAGAAAGGAGAGUGAUACAAGUGAAAUGACACGUCAGACAGAAGGGGAGAGAAAGGGGAAUGAGGCAGCUGAGGCAACACCAGGCAAUGGAGAAGGUCCUGGCCUGGAUAAUUCUCAUGGGAGUCCCAGCGGGGAUGGAGCAGACGAGCAUGAAGACCAGGGCUCUGGUGAUGAUGAAGGUGAAGAAGCAGGGAAUGGAAAAGAGGGUGGUGAUAACAGCAAUGGCCGGGAAGGUCAAGGUCAUGGAAAAGAAGAUGACGAUGACAAUAGCAUUGGUCAAAAUUCUAUUAGUGCUGAAGAUGAUGACCCUGAAGGCGAAGAAGAUCCCCAUAAUGACAGUGACAGAACCAACACACCCAAAAGUGAGGAGGAUUCUGACGGCGUUCCAGAGGACAGAGGUAGCCAGAGAACAGAGGACACCCAGAAUCCCAAUCACAGAGAAAGCAAAGGUGUGGGAGACGGGAUCACCAAAGAAUCGGAGCCAAGUGCUGUUGGAAAGAGCCAAGACGAGGGAAUAGAAGUCAAAGGUCCCAGCAGCGGUAACAGAAAUAAUGUUACCAAAGAAGCUGGGAAAGUCAAUGAAGAUAGAGAGAGUAAAGGACAUGGAAUGAUCACGGGCAAAGGAAAUGUAAAGACACGAGGAGAGGUUGACAACACACAAGGACCUGGCCAGAAAUCAGAACCUGGAAGCAAAGUUGGACACAGCAGAACAGGUAGUAACAGCAACAGUGACGGAUAUGACAGUUAUGAUUUGGAUGAUGAAUCCAUGCAAGGAGAUGAUCCCAAUAGCACUGAUGAGUCUAAUGGCAAUGAUGAUGCUAAUUCAGGUAGUGACAAUGACAGCAGUAGUCGAGGAGAUACUUCUUAUAACUCUGAUGAAUCAAAAGGUAAUGGCAAUGACAGUGACUCAAAAGGGGAAGGAGAUGACAAUGACAGUGAUAGCACAAAGGAUGCUAAUGAUAGUGAUAGUAAUGGCAAUGGUAAUAAUGGGAAUGAUGACAAUGACAAAUCAGACAGCAGCACAAGUAAAUCAGAUAGCAGUGACAGUAGUAACAGCAGUGACAGUAGCAAGAGUAGUGACAGCACUAAUAGUAGUGAUGGUAGUGACAGUGACAGCAGUGACAGCAGCAACAGCAGCAAGAGUAGUGAUAGCAGUGACAGCAGCAACAGCAGCAAGAGUAGUGAUAGCAGUGACAGCAGCAACAGCAGUGAUAGUAGUGACAGCAGUGACAGUGACAGCAGUGACAGCAGCAACAGCAGUGAUAGUAGUGACAGCAGUGACAGUGACAGCAGUGACAGCAGAAGGAAUAAUGAUAGUGACAGCAGUGAUAGUAGUGACAGCACUGAUAGUGACAGUAAGUCGGACAGCAGUGAUGGCAGUGACAGCACCAGUAGCAGUGACAGUAGUGACAGCAGCAACAGCAGUGAUAGUGACAGCAAAUCAGACAGCAGUGACAGCAACAGUAGCAGUGACAGUAGUGACAGCAGUGACAGUAGCAACAGCAGUGACAGCAGCAACAGCAGUGACAGUGACAGCAGUGACAGCAGAAAGAGUAAUGAUAAGAGUGACAGCAGUGAUAGUAGUGACAGCAGUGAUAGUGACAGUAAGUCAGACAGCAGUGACAGUAACAGUAGCAGCGACAGUAGUGACAGCAGCAACAGCAGUGAUAGUGACAGCAAAUCCGACAGCAGUGACAGCAACAGUAGCAGCGACAGUAGUGACAGCAGCGACAGCAGCAACAGUAAUGCCAGCAACAGUAGUGACAGCAGUGACAGUAAUAACAGCAGUGACAGUAGCGACAGCAGUGACAGCAGCAGCAGUGACAAUGACAGCAAACCAGGUAGUGACAGUAGUGACAGUGACAGUGACAGUAAGUCAGAUAACAGCAGCAGUAGCAGUGACAGCAGCAACAGCAGCAAUAGUAGUGACAGCAACAGUAGCAAUAGUAGUGACAGCAGUGACAGUAGCGACAACAGUGAUAGCAGUGACAGUAGUGACAGCAACAGUAGUGACAGCAGUGACAGUAGUGACAGCAGUGACAGUAGUGACAGCAGUGACAGCAGUGAUAGUAGUGACAGCAGCAAUAGCAGUGACAGUAGUGACAGCAGUGAUAGCAGUGACAGUAGUGACAGCAGUGAUAGCAGUGACAGUAGUGACAGCAGUGACAGCAGUGAUAGUAGUGACAGCAACAGUAGCAGCAACAGUAGUGACAGCAGUGACAGUAGUGACAGCAGUGAUAGCAGUGACAGCAGUGACAGUAGUGACAGCAGUGACAGCAGUGCCAGCAGUGACAGCAGCAGCAGUGACAAUGACAGCAAACCAGGUAGUGACAGUAGUGACAGUGACAGUAAGUCAGAUAACAGUGGCAGUAGCAGUGACAGCAGCAACAGCAGCAACAGCAGCAAUAGUAGUGACAGCAACAGUAGCAGCAAUAGUAGUGACAGCAGUGACAGUAGCGACAACAGUGAUAGCAGUGACAGUAGCAACAGCAGCAACAGCAGCAAUAGUAGUGACAGCAACAGUAGCAGCAAUAGUAGUGACAGCAGUGACAGUAGUGACAGUGACAGUAAGUCAGAUAACAGCAGCAGUAGCAGUGACAGCAGCAACAGCAGCAAUAGUAGUGACAGCAACAGUAGCAAUAGUAGUGACAGCAGUGACAGUAGCGACAACAGUGAUAGCAGUGACAGUAGUGACAGCAACAGUAGUGACAGCAGUGACAGUAGUGACAGCAGUGACAGUAGUGACAGCAGUGACAGCAGUGAUAGUAGUGACAGCAGCAAUAGCAGUGACAGUAGUGACAGCAGUGAUAGCAGUGACAGUAGUGACAGCAGUGACAGCAGUGAUAGUAGUGACAGCAACAGUAGCAGCAACAGUAGUGACAGCAGUGACAGUAGUGACAGCAGUGAUAGCAGUGACAGCAGUGACAGUAGUGACAGCAGUGACAGCAGUGCCAGCAGUGACAGCAGCAGCAGUGACAAUGACAGCAAACCAGGUAGUGACAGUAGUGACAGUGACAGUAAGUCAGAUAACAGUGACAGCAGCAGUAGCAGUGACAGCAGCAACAGCAGCAACAGCAGCAAUAGUAGUGACAGCAACAGUAGCAGCAAUAGUAGUGACAGCAGUGACAGUAGCGACAACAGUGAUAGCAGUGACAGCAGUGACAGUAGUGACAGCAACAGUAGUGACAGCAAAAGUAGUGACAGCAGUGACAGUAGUGACAGCAGCAACAGUACUGAAAGCAGCAAUAGUGACGGCAGCAACAGCAGUGACAGUGACAGCAGCAACAGCAGUGACAGCACAUCUGGCAGUGAUAGCCAGAGUAAGUCUAGUAAUGGCAACAAUGGACGUGAUAGUGACAGUGACAAUGACAGUGAAGGUAGUGAUAGUAAUCACUCAACCAGUGAUGAUUAG